UCCUCAUGAAAAAUUGUAUUUAUAGCUGAGAGUAAAAGAAAAAGUCAUUAACUUUAUCUAAAAACUCUACUAAUUACAGUCAUUAUACAACACCUAAACAGUAAAAUCUGCAGUCAUAUACUAGCCAUCAUGAAGCUAACAAUCCCACCAUAAACAUAUUAUAUCCAAAAUCAACUUCACAUUAUUAUAUUAGAUUAAUUUAUUUCUACUCUUCCUUAUCACCUAAUUAUUUAAUAAGGAAAACUUUAACCUCAAUUUUCUGUACAAUAACGCAGUUGUCAUUUCCAACAUGAAAUCGCACUUCGAUCAUGCGUUAAUACCAAACUCGCCAUUCCGUUAAUUGAUCAUGGUGGGCUGAGAUAAUUCCAUGCCUUCAUAAAUUUGCAGACCUUCUUCCAUUUUGACCCCCUAUCUCCGGAACGAUGAAUUCGCGGGCGAUAGCCGUGAUUGUGGUAUUUUAUUUCGCUCCUCUGCUUGGGCAUUCGGGUUUGACAAAGCCAACGGAGGACCCGUGCGAUCCCAGAACGAAGCGGGAUCCGCGGACCCUCCGGUCUGAUCAGAUCACGGUUCUGAUCAACGGCUACUCCGAGUCCCGCAUUCCUCUUCUCCAAUCAAUCUCCGCCACAUACUCUGCAUCGCCGCUGGUAUCCUCCGUGCUAAUCCUCUGGGGAAACCCCUCAACCCCACCCAACGUUCUAACCCACCUUGCCCACAAUCUCUCCAUCUCCUCCCUCGGCUCAGCUUCAAUCUCCCUCAUCCGCCAGCCAUCUAGCUCCCUGAACGCCCGAUUCCUUCCUCGAUCUUCCAUCGAGACCCACGCCGUCCUGAUCUGCGACGAUGACGUAUCGGUGGAUCACAAGUCAUUCGAGUUCGCCUUCCACGUCUGGGCAUCCAAUCCUCACCGUAUCAUCGGCCUCUUCGCCAGAUCGCACGAUCUGGAUCUGUCGAGGAAAGAGUGGAUCUACACGGUACACCCGGACAAGUACUCAAUCAUACUGACCAAGUUCAUGAUACUGAGAAGCGAGUAUCUGCACAGUUAUAGCUGCGAAGGUGGGGCUCCGAUGGCGGAGACGAGGAGGACCGUGGAUGAGAUGCGUAACUGUGAGGAUAUCUUGAUGAACUUCGUGGUGGCCGAUCGGACGAAUGUGGGGCCCAUAUUGGUGGGAGCAGAGAGGGUUAGGGAUUAUGGAGAUGCAAGGAACGAUGACCAAGGUACUGGAGAGAAGAAGAAGAAGCAGAACAAGGGAGUGAGAGAAGUGGGAUUGAGCAGCAGGAGAGGCGAGCACAGAAGAAGAAGAGGAAUGUGUAUAAGGGAGUUUCACAGGGCGCUGGGGAAAAUGCCGUUGAGGUAUAGUUUUGGGAAGUUAGUUAAUUCAGUUAGUGAACAGGGAUUGUGCCAAAAGGGAGGGAAAUUGGUGUAUUGUGACCAAUAAUUUUUACCCUCGUAUGUUAUUUAAAACAAGUUUACAAGCUCUUGUGCUGUGGUUAUAUGUAUUGAACCAGUAAAAUUCAAGAUAGAAAAA